AUGAGCAUUGGUUAUCUGCGAAUGGUAAUGAAGCGGGACGAUAGACUCAAUUUUCUGGUCAAAACAGAUUCAUAUGUGGUCUCUUUAGUCAAAUGCUAUCGCGCUUCCUUUGUGCUGAAUGCACUAUUUGCGCUCGCAGACCGUCGGGUAACAGUUCGCUUCCUCUUUGCCAAUAUAUUCGUCAAUUUCUUGCAGUACGUAGAGGAUGAAUGGCCUCUACUUGUCGGCUGUAUCGAGAAGGGUAUCAUCCCGGAUGUCGAAGACCUCGGCCAUUUGCGCACCUUUAGAGGUCAUAUUUUUAAACAUCUUAUUCCCAAACCUCGUGCCGCCGAACUUCGCGAGAUUGGGCCUCCUGGCAUUCAGGGCUGGGCGGUCCUAGCAACUCAAAAGUCCCGUCAUACGUGGGGCUUAGGUUCGCCACUUCCUGUGGCACGGUCCCUGUAUUCUUACCAUACGUCUGGUCCCCGUUGGAGUGGGGCUUGCCCAUGGAGUGUCCGGGGUCCCGGCGGUGUUCCGAGGUCGUAGCCACUCGUAUGCAUCGACUGUAGUAGCUUAGUCAUCACCUUGCCU